UCGAUUCAGUUCCGAGCCGAACGUUCAGCAGGACGGGAACGUGUGUAACGUGAGUGCGCGCGAUCGACUCUCAAAAUUCAACAAUAAUAAAAACUUUUGGAAGCUCCGCACCUUGCGUUUGUGAUUUCUACUGAAUUUGAUUACCUGGACGGCGUGCGCGUUUCGUAUUCUAAGCGGUUCUCGCGUUGACAUUUGAUGUCGAAUGCCGUUUGAGUGCGGAGGUGGAAAAAUUCGUAGCAAGGUUCGAAAUUUUCUGUUUGGGAGUGUGGAAGAAUGUUCUAGCGAUCAAAGUUGGAGAUAGUGUACAGAAUUGCCGAGUGAAUCAACACAGAUACACCUUAUGGCUUGCGAGAAAACGCCGGGCAUCGCGCUAUAAUUGUGGGAAUGAUUUAUGCCGUAUACGGAGUGUAGAUCUAGCGGAUCUUCAUCAGUUCGUUGGGUUAUUAGAGUGAAGAUCCUCUGUGGAAAACAGCGAUAUUCAUUGUUCUCGGCAGUCGCCUUCAUCGGGUCAAUAACAAUAAGUCGCUUUCAACGCAGAAGCUGGUUUCACCGGCAGUUCGACAGUAGUGCACACCGGGAAAGUAAAAAAAUAUACGAGCCGAUAGCAUAGUCACAGUUUGAUAGUGAAUUUUCUGACAUAAAAUAGUGCUACAACGGCUGCAAACCAGUGGCAACGAUAGCAUUGCCCAUCAGCCACAGCAGCAAGAAAAACAACACCUAGCAGGCGAAAUUAGAGUGUAUCGUCAGGUGUUAUACGAUGCGUGAAAUUUAGUCAUUUUCACCAGCGUCCAACUGACUGUCGAUUGGCAGCUAACGAGCAGAGAGUAGUAGCUGCCGGGUUUCCAUUGGACACCAAACCAGCGAAAAGUUGUUAGUGUUUCUGCAAUUGCCGAAGUGAAUUUGAUAAAUCUUAGAUCGAAGGAAAGAAGAAAAUAUAUCUGCUGUUUUUGCUAUCAAAGUGCCAUUGUAUGUUCCGAUAUCUGCGCUUGAGGCUGUGUGAAAAUAGUAACCGAAGCAAAAUAUCGAGUUAGGCAGUGCUGUGUGUGAAGUGAUGUGAAUAAGGUAACAUUGGUUUCACCUGAGCCGCAGCAAAGGGGAUCAUGCGACAUUAGUUGCCUAGUGGAAAGUGAGUCCAGUGCCUCCCUCGACGAUUCACGUGUAACAAAAGUUGCAUGAAGCGAGACGAGGAACGUGCUCGUAAGAUGUGGAGAGAUAUCGGUGUGGCUGCAAUGCAGCAACAGCAGCAGCAGCACGGUCCAAACUCUCUGCAUCAUCAUCAUCCACAUUACAAUGGCAAUGGAGCGGCUACGGGACCGGCUAGCAAUCCGCAUUGGAACCAGCCUGGCUACCGGAACUCUUAUAGUUUACCGCAUCCGAGCCAGCAAAGUCCCGUCCACCAUCAGAACGGCGCUAGUCGCUAUCAGCCGCACUACGAAAUCAAACCUCUAUCACAGUCGCCAUCGUUUCAAGAGAUUUCAAGUGGGAACUAUAACGGAAGUUCGCCGUACCCCAUCAAGCCGCGACCUAUGUCGAUGUAUGAGAUCGGAAAUGGGUCACCUAGCCAGCAGCAGUUGCAUUCGCUGCCGCCUAACAUCGUGCCACAUCAGAACAGAUCCAACGGACGACCUUCGACGGCGGGUCCUCCUCCGUUCUCCAGACAACAACAGCUGCAGCAACUACAGCAACAAAAUGUUAAUAGUUUACGUCAACAACCAGAGGAGUUGAAAGUCGACCCGGAACUAAUUUUCACCAAGCAGGAACGUAUCGGCAAGGGAUCUUUCGGCGAAGUAUUCAAAGGCGUUGACAAUAGGACGCAGCAGGUUGUGGCAAUCAAAAUAAUCGACUUAGAAGAAGCUGAAGAUGAAAUCGAAGACAUACAGCAGGAAAUUAUGGUGCUAUCACAAUGUGACUCUCCUUUCGUCACGAAAUACUUCGGAUCAUAUCUUAAGGGUACAAAGCUAUGGAUCAUCAUGGAAUAUCUCGGCGGUGGGUCGGCCCUGGACUUGAUGAAGGCCGGUCUGUUCGAGGAAAUGCACAUUGCCAUCAUCCUGCGGGAGGUCCUGAAAGGUCUGGACUACCUGCACUCGGAGCGAAAGCUGCACCGUGAUAUCAAAGCGGCCAACGUACUUCUGAGCGAACUCGGCGACGUGAAGCUGGCGGAUUUUGGCGUGGCAGGGCAGCUCACUAAUACGACCUCGAAACGAAACACUUUCGUGGGUACGCCUUUCUGGAUGGCACCGGAGGUCAUCAAGCAGUCCAUGUACGACAGCAAAGCGGACAUCUGGUCAUUGGGGAUAACUGCAAUUGAACUAGCCAAAGGGGAACCACCCAAUUCGGAACUGCACCCGAUGAGAGUGUUGUUUCUUAUUCCGAAAAAUAAUCCCCCGCAGCUGACCGGUAGCUACACCAAGCCAUUCAAAGAUUUUGUUGAAGCGUGCCUAAAUAAAGACCCUGAGAAUAGACCAACGGCGAAAGAGCUACUGAAAUUCCCGUUCAUUAAAAAAGCGAAAAAGAACGCAUACCUGAUCGAUUUGAUAGAUCGGUACAAGAAGUGGAAAUCACAAAAAGGCGAAGAAAGCGAAACUGAAUCAGAGAAUUCAGACUCUGAGGAAUCCAAACCGGACAGUGACCUGGACGAACCAUGGAUCAUGACGGUCAAGGGAAUGCACUUCAACAAUUUUAACAAAAUUAACGCUAUGGACGAAACGCUAGGAUCGCCAGUCAAGCACAACGGUACCAGCAAUAGUAUGAUGGGUAUGGCCAACGCGAGGGAUCGAGACCGAGAUCGGGACUACAAUCUUAAUCAGCAGAAAUCAAGUCAGCCACGAACGCCCACGUCGCCAUCACACCAGCCGCAGACCACUUCGUCGGCGCUUAUUUCUUCCAAUAGCAAUUCUAACAGCAACAACCGGAAGCAGCAACAGCAGCAGCAGACAAGUUCGUCCGACCGGGAGCCAGUGUCACCCCAAAAGGAGAUCGGUCACUAUCCGAACGAACGGGCCAGUCUCGAGCGGCAGAGGGACAGCGAAAAGGAACGGGAACGAGACCGAAUAGAGCAACGUGAGCGAGAACGUGAAAGAGACAGAGAAAGGGAACGGGAACGGGAAAAGGAAUCUGAGCGGGAAAAUAAGGAGAGAAGAGGUUCAAAAGAGGUUUCCAACCAUCGAGGUGAUACAGAGGAAAAAGUCAGCAGUUUGCGACGAGAGCGGGAACGAGAGCGAGAACGAGAACGUGAAACCAGUCACAGCAAUGGUAAUCCCAGAAGUAACAGUAUUACGAAUGUGAAUAACAACUCCAAGAGCCGAACAAACAGUGGUUGUUUGAAGUCGAUAAUAUUCCCGCUGCUUUCGGAGAUGCAGCGAAGUUAUUCCAGCUCGAGCAACGUCGAGAUUAGCGACCUGCGGCUAGCGUUUGAGAAAGCCGAACUGACAUGCCCCGGGGUGAACGAUCUGUUUGUGAAGGAAAUCAUCCACAAACUCGUACCCGGAUUUUCCGAAACCCGGAUCAAUACGCUUAUAGACAAAGUAACGCGAGAAUCCAAAGUGAAGCGAUAAAAUGUGCAUACGAACGGUGUUUGGUUCAAAGUGUGAAGUGCUAUUGCGCCCCUUCCUAUUUUCCUCGAAAGUGGGAUUCCUAUAAAAAAAAACUCCGAUCAGUUUAGAAUAUUUGGUAGACAUCUUGCGAGCAAGUGUACCACCCAACAAGCACGCAAAAGAAUCAAACGUUGGAGCGCUCAACAAAAGAAAAACACAUAAAUUCCUAAUAAUGUAUAUAAAUUUUGUUCCCAAAUGUUUGAAGAUAUUUAUUCUCCAUCUUCUUCGACUGUUAGCUAUGAAUAAUAUGUUAGUUUCUGUAUCAUUACUGCCUAUAUUCCGAUUAUAACAUUCAACGGAAAAAAAAACAUUUCUUAGUACGCCACACAGUCGAAGGUUCAAAAACAAUCGAUAGUACUGACAACUGAUGACAAUAUGUCUUUUUUAAUUUUCAAUACAGCAGUAGAUAUUAGUGAUAUGAAAAUUCACGGCUAGUUCUGUUACUGCGAACAAAUGCAAGAAACAAUCUUCGAACAUUAUCAUAAGCAAAUAAUACAGCCCUUUGUCUUAUUGUAAAAAAAAACAUAACUUUCCAACAAAAAAUCGAAACAUUCUGCUACCUUCUGUAUAUAUCUAUUGUGUAAAAAUCUCUGUUUCUAGGUUUUAGCUCUUUUAAAAAAUCUGCGAUAGCAUGCAAAUGACGUCCUUCCAUAGCUGGCUAACCGGAAAAUUGUUUGUUUCUUCUAAUACAUAAUCAUAUAUAAUUUGCUAAGUAGAGAGGAAUGUCUCGAAGCUUACUACAAAGAACACCCUAUUGACUCAUUAUUUUACAUUUCUCCCUAUCUAGACGAACUUCCGCUUCAUCGUCAAAGAUGACCGUGCUUUACUAGAACGCGGCCACUGUUUAUUCCCUCAGUGUUUUAUGACUCAAUCUGUUGAACCUAAAAAUAACGUCUAUGAUUAUUAAGUUUUCACAUGUUCAGUGCGCUUUCGUUAGUUGCUGCUUUUUGAAAGUUCUUCAUACGCACAUGACGAGUCAAUUUUUUUUUUUUGUUCAUUACCAAUACGAGAUUGUCUUUCUGUUUGUUGUAUCACGCUUUGCAUUUUUGUUGAUCGGAAAUUUGUUUUCCUAUUGCAACCGUGAAAAAAUGGAAAUCCUGAACAUUUUUGCUAUCGACGUAUCAAAACCGUUCGACUCCAUCUGAUUCUUUUGGUCCCGCUUAACGCGUAUCCAACGGUUAUUACAGAGUAAAAAAAAAUAUAUGUAGCAGCAGAAGUCUAAACGAAUAUGUUUAAAUAAUUUAAGCGAAAGUAAUAUCGUCGGUAUGUAUCAAUGACUGUAAACUAUGUGGUGUAGAGGACACUGUGAAUAUUAGGCAUACCUGAACUGAGGGAGCUUUUCGCACACUGAAGUGGAAGGAUAAUAUGUAGUGUUUAACUGCUUCACACAGAAUAAUACUAAUUUAACUAGGUAUAUUUAAAUGAAAAAUUCACAUUUUGAAUACGAAGCGAGCGAUUCCUUUUAAACUUUGGCAAACGUCAAUAACAGUAUAUACUUCAGGAAAUGUCAGAAACUAACAGUUCCAAGUAUGCAGUUAAUGCAGUUUAAAAUUAACAAAAAAAAUCAAUAGACAUCAACAAAACACAGUAGUGCUGGGAUAGAUAUUGCAACAAAUAAACUAAAAUUCUUGUUAACACACACACAUACACACAUUGUCACAAGUGAAGCAUGUAUAAAGUGAAGUGACAGACUAACUCCCCCGGAAAGCUCCAGAAAUUUCCCGCAAAGGUAAAUAAUAAUAAAUGAAAACGUUGUUUCAAUACGUGUUAGAGAUGGUUUCUAAUCCAACCAAUUGAGAAAAGUUGUUCCCCGGGAGCUUAGUAGUACAGAUUAUUGCGCCGUGAUAAGAAAGGGGGAAGAAACAAUAAAAUCACCCGUCAAGAAAGUAUUGUUAAA